AUGGGCUGCGCCUGCAACCCUUUCUGCCUCUCCCCACGACCGUCCGCCACGACAACCGCCGUCACCAUCACCAUCACCACCACCAAAGCCUUCCCUGUCUUCUCUGCCUCUCUCAACCCUUCUCAGCCACCACAUACUAAACCCUUCUUUCUCCACCUCUUCUCUCGCUCUCCCCAACCCUCUAAACCUCAUCAAAACCCCACUUUUCCCCUGCCCAAAAUCUUCUCUUCCUCCUACAACAACAACAACAAUAGUUCAGGCGGCGGAUGUGGUGGGGGACGUGGUGGUAAUGGAGAUAAUGAUGAUUGGAAUAGUUUUUUCAAUUUUGACAAAAACCCAUUAUUCCUCUGCCUUUUUUCUCGUAGUUUAGCCAAUCAAGAUGACAUUUUUGUUACUAACUUGAAUUUAAGGACAUUGUUUCUGUUCUUGAUAUCUGCAUCAGCUUCAAUUAGUUAUUGCUUUUCUUUAGCCUCGUUAGCAGAAGCAAAAACAGCUGAGAAAGAAAAAGGAGGAGAAGAUAUAGUAGUUUUUGAAAUCAGGGGUGGGAAGAAAAUUGGGUUGGUGCCAGAUUAUGCAAAGGAUGAGUUUAUUGGUCCUAAAACUAUUUGGUCAUUUUGGAGAUGCUGGUGGGAGAAAGGGGAUAGGAUUUCAAUGGGAAAUUUGUGGGUUCAGUGCAAGGAUUUGGUGACGAAUUUGCUGUUGCCAGAAGGGUUCCCAGAGAGUGUUACAAGUGAUUAUUUGGAGUAUUCACUUUGGAGAGGAGUUCAAGGUGUUGCUGCCCAAAUAAGUGGGGUUCUGGCCACUCAAGCCUUGCUUUAUGCUGUUGGAUUGGGUAAAGGAGCCAUUCCAACUGCAGCGGCUGUGAAUUGGGUGCUCAAGGAUGGAAUUGGGUACCUCAGCAAGAUACUAUUUUCAAAUUAUGGGAGGCAUUUUGAUGUCAAUCCGAAGGGCUGGAGGUUGUUUGCAGACCUCUUGGAAAAUGCAGCUUUUGGAUUGGAGAUAUUGACUCCUGCAUUUGCACAUCUUUUUGUUCCCAUUGGUGCUGUUGCUGGAGCAGGAAGAUCUGCAGCUGCACUUAUCCAGGCUGCAACAAGAAGCUGUUUCUAUGCUGGCUUUGCAGCUCAGAGAAAUUUUGCUGAGGUAAUAGCAAAGGGAGAAGCUCAGGGAAUGGUGAGCAAAUCUGUUGGAAUUCUGCUUGGCAUAGCCGUAGCUAACUGCAUUCAAUCUUCUACCCCUCUGGCUCUUGCUACUUUUGGUGUCGUAACAUGGGUCCACAUGUUCUGCAAUCUGAAAUCAUAUCAGUCCAUACAAUUGAGGACUUUCAACCCAUACCGUGCAAGUUUGGUCUUCAGUGAAUAUCUGCUCAGUGGUCUAGUUCCUUCAGUUAAAGAGGUCAACGAUGAGGAGCCGCUUUUUCCUGCUGUUCCAAUUCUAAAUACAAAGCCUGCAGAUAGCCCAAGGAAGGAGAAUGAAGGGAUUUUUGCUGAAAAUUACAAGAUAAAGACUAGAGAAGUCUUUGGUCAAAGAAGUAUUCCCCCUUCUAAUGUGUGCACGGGCCUUAGCCCAAGUAAUGACCCAGUUCGAGUCCCAUUGGGCCCAGUUACACGAGCACGGGCCAAGCGCUUCAAGGAGUCUCUUCAAGCCAUUGUUCGAAGUGUUCAAGAUCAACAAGGGGUCCAUAGGGACAUUGAGGGCUUGGAAGGAGAUAAUCAAGUUGUCUACACGAUGAUCCAAGCCCAUGAAGAGCCAAGUGGGGACCACGACCACACUUAG